AUAAGAAUGGAAACCAGUACCUGAACUAGUCCCUACGAAACACUAGGCUUCAUCUUGGCCAUGCUUUAUACGACAUUCGCACAUCCUUGCUGCCAAGUCGCGUCAUACUACUAGUAAUCGUAUCUACACGACACGCAGCAUAUAUAAGUUGUCCGAAAGUCCCGUUAUUGUUGUAGAGCUGGCUUCGUAAAGGUGUCUCUCUUUGAUUACACCGUUGAAAGUUUUUUUUUUUCAUAUUCAUUGUCCAAACAUGCGUACUUCCACUCUUUUGGCCGUCGCUUCGGCGCCCCUUGUGGCAUUGGCCACUCCCCUUCUCGCGCCCCGGCAAAACACUACAACGUUCUGCACACGGAUCGACCCGCCCCCUACCGCAGCGGAGGCCGAAAAGAGGUUCAACGAGUUCGCCAACUUCUUCCUGGUCGAGAAAGAUAUCUACAGGGCCUUCGAUUACAUCCUGCCGGAAUACAUUAACCACAACCCUCUGGCUGAAGAUGGGGCGCAGAAUGCCUUGGACCUCCUGAGCCCGUUCUGGGGAACCCAGAACAUCACGGUGCUCCGAACCAAAUUCGGGGGCGAGAUGACCUGGCUCAACUACCAGAGCGCGUUUGGCGAAAUUGUGGACCGCUUUCGUUGGGAAUCCGGUUGUAUCAUUGAGCACUGGGAUCAAGGAGAAGUGUUCCCGGCCGAUGCUUGUAAGAGAGGCCUCUGAUCGCCAUAGAGAAUUGCCAAAUAAUGACCAGACUUAUAGAGUUCGCGAGACAUUCCAAGAAUUAUUAGACACCUACACUAGGUA